AUGGCCUCGGCCGCGCCGUCCAACAUCCUCAUGCUAGGUGGAACCCGGUUCAUCGGGCAGUACCUCGCCCGCCAGCUGGUGGAGGAGGGGCACCAGGUCACCCUGCUGACCAGGGGCAAGGCCCCCAUCGCGGCCCGCAUCCCGGAUGACACCGACGAAUCGCACGCCGCCUAUUCUGACGCGGUCCAGCACAUUGCGGCUGACCGAAAGGAUGCCGACGCUGUGAAGAACGCUCUGAAGGGGCGGGAAUUCAAUGUUGUGUACGACAUCAACGGGCGUGAGGCAGAGGAGGCAGAUCUCAUCCUGGAGGCCCUGCCCUCCCUGGAGCAGUACAUCUACUGCUCCUCUGCGGGCCUCUACAAGGCCUCACACGAGCUGCCACACUUUGAGACGGACGCCGGGGACCCCAAGUCCCGGCACAAGGGCAAGCUGAACACCGAGGAGCUGCUGGAGAAGCGCGGCGUGAACUGGACCAGCAUCCGCCCGGUGUACAUAUACGGCCCGCUGAACUACAACCCUGUGGAGGAGUGGUUUUUCCACCGCAUUGCGGCGGGACGACCCAUUCUGGUGCCGGGCAAGGGCAACCAGGUGACCCAGCUGGGGCACGUGAAAGACCUGGCCACCGCCUUCCGGAAGGUGCUGGGCAACCCAAAGGCCGCUCGCCAGGCCUACAAUAUCUCGGGGGAGAGGUUUGUCACCUUUGACGGCCUGGUCAGACUGUGUGCCGAGGCCGCCGGGGCCCCCGAGCCCGAGCUGGUCCACUUUGACCCCAAGGCACACGACCUGGGCAAGGCCAAGGCAUUCCCCCUGCGCGACCAGCACUUCUUCACCUCCAUCGCCAAGGCACAAGCUGAUCUGGACUGGACCCCGGAGUUCGACCUGGCCGCUGGCCUGCGUGACUCGUACGAGAAGGACUUCUCCAAGACUGGGGGCCGCAAGAAGGCGGACUUCUCCGUGGAUGACCUCGUGCUGAAGGGGGCCGGCAAGCAGGCCGUGCCUGCCUGA